AUGAGAAUUUUGGUGUGUUUGCUUCUGACGUUUGUGUCAGUGUUAGGUUUCCCGGAGAGAAGAGCCACACAGAAUGAUGAUUUGCGGAAGCUGACGUCACAUAUUCAGGACAGGAAGGAGAACAAAGUUCGGGAAGCGCCAAGGGAUUGCAAAGGGAAGUGUGCAACGAGUAUAGCUCAGAAUGCGGCUGCCGAAGCGAAGGCUGCACAUGCAGCACAAAAUGCUGCUGGAGCCCAGGCGGCUCACAUGGUAAAAACUCAACUAGCAGAAAAAGCAUUGCAAGCCGCAAAAGCCGCUGAAGCAGCGCUCGCUGGCAAGCAAGCGGUAGUAGAGCAAUUGCAGCAGGAAGUGAAGGAGGCCGAGGCCGUGGUCGCUGAGAACACAGCAGCUGUACACCAGCAACAGGGUACUGUCAACGCAGCCGUACAAGCCGCACAGCAAGCUACCGCACAGCACAAGUUGAUGGUGCAAGCGACCCAACUCGCCGCUCAACUCGAGAAAACAGCGCACAACGUCUUGGAGAAGACGAAGUUCGGCUUACAGGAGAAAUGCCAUAACUUGUCCGAGGCGAGGGCGAGAUUAGCGCAUUUACAGCACAAGCUGCAGUGCGCGUGCGCCGAGUGUUCGGCUACGAAGCAAGCUGCCCAUUCUGCUUGCGAAGCAGCUCGCGCCGCCUGUGGGAACGCUCGGAAGAAGAAGCAUGUGUACAAAGAACUGGAAAGAAUUCAAAGAAGAAAUAAGCAAGGUCGAUGA